AAGAAAGGAAUUUGCCCUCAAGUCCAUCAAGACUUCCAGACUGGAAGAGUUGUCUCGUCUGGGGCAUGCUGGUGACCCACAUUCAGCUACACAAAAACUACAUCCUCGUUGCAUUUAUGCCACUAUCAAUGUGGGUGGAUUACUGUUUUUCUUGGAUGAAAUUGACAUAAUUCACGUAUUUUCUAAAUUUUUCCACAUAAAAAGUGUGUUGAAAUGCCUCAUUUGAAUCUAACCGUGGAGCUUCUCAUCACGCUAAAAAUUUCACAUUUAAAAGGGGGGGUUCAGUUUUAUGUCCAAAUUUUAUGACAAGACAAGUUUAAUUAUCGAGAAUGAUAAAAAUGCAACUAAUUUCAAAACACGUUAAAUACAUACAGGAGCUGUGUAUUAUAGUGUCACUGUAUUUUAAUUGAAACUUUUAGCGAGAUAUGCUCACGUGCAAACCCCGCUGUUAGUGGUACGCUCCACUCCCCGCUGCUCUUCCCUCUUGCUUUGCUAGUGAACAGAUUUCGCUACAAGCUAGCAACCCGCUUGACUAUUUGAAAGCCUCGAAAAGAUGCUCCUCCGGCGGAUUAAAACCGUCCAACACACGGCAACAAGUCCGGGGAAACUUUAUCUGACUGUAUUCCAACUUGACUAAGAAGGCAGGACCCAGACGGUUUUCAACGCGACACUUUCGAGGGGGGUGUUAGCAUUGUUUAAUCGCUUCGUAGUAUUCCCGCUGAGGACGACUCGUCUUUCUUUUCUCUCUGCCUUUUCUUUUAAAAAUUGUAUUCAUCCCAUUUCCUGGAGCAAGUCCUCGCUGAUGAAUUCACCGAAAAAGGACGGAGAUGAUGAUGUGCCCGUUAAAGACUCGAUAAAAUACGGCGAACUGGUCAUUUUGGGGUACAAUGGCUCUCUUCCCAGCGGCGACCGCGGACGGCGAAAGAGCCGCUUCGCUUUGUACCGGCGCGGCAAAGCCAAUGGCGUCAAGCCUAGCGCUGUGCACAUCCUCAACACGCCGCAGGACAGCAAGGCUGUGCACAGCAGGGGGCAGCACAGCAUCUCUUUCACGUUGUCCCGCAACCAAACAGUGGUGGUGGAGUAUUGCCAUGACAACAAUACUGACAUGUUCCAGAUUGGGCGCUCAACAGAGAGUCCCAUUGACUUUGUGGUGACGGACACCUCCGGGGGGGCUAAGGAGGGUGAGGAUCCCUCCAUAGCCCCCAGCACCAUCUCACGUUUUGCCUGCCGCGUGGUGUGCGAGCGCCACCCGCCAUACACGGCGCGCAUCUACGCCGCUGGCUUUGACUCCUCCAAAAAUAUCUUCUUAGGGGAGAAGGCGACCAAGUGGAAGAACCCAGACGGCCAUAUGGAUGGGCUGACCACUAAUGGCGUGCUGGUUAUGCACCCCGAGGGCUUCCCAGAAGAUCCCAAGCAGGGUCUGUGGCGUGAGAUCUCUGUCUGCGGUGACGUAUAUGCCCUGAGGGAGACUCGCUCUGGACCCAGCAGGGGCAAACUUGCAGAAGGUGAGAGCAGCGCGUUACGUGACGGCUCAUUAGUGGACUUGUGCGGCGCUACCUUGCUGUGGCGCACGGGCGAAGGCCUCAUGCGUGCUCCCACUCUGCGCCACUUGGAGGCGCUCCGCCAGGAGCUGAACGCGUCUCGGCCGCAGUGCCCCGUUGGCCUCAGCACAUUGGCCUUUCCUAGCUUGCCACGCAGCCACAGCCUUGAAGAACGUCAGCCCUGGGUCUACCUCACCUGCGGCCACGUCCACGGACGCCACGACUGGGGCCAGAGAUCCGAGGCAGGCGAGGAGGAGCCCUUAGAGGGCGAAGGCUCCACGACGCGGCGGGAAUGCCCGCUGUGCCGCAGCGUUGGCCCCUACGUACCACUGUGGCUGGGCUGCGAGCCGGCCGUGUACGUGGACGCCGGCGCCCCCACGUACGCCUUCGUGCCGUGUGGCCACGUGUGCUCGGAGAGGACAACCAGGUACUGGGCGGACACCCCGUUGCCCCACGGGACGCACGCUUUCAGACCCGUGUGCCCCUUCUGCUCCGCCGCACUCAGCACACCUGGGUGGACGCGACUCAUCUUCCAGGGUCCCAUCGACUAGCCGCAACACAAAGCUCCAUUCCUCUCCAUUUUUAUUUUGAGUGUUCUCUGUUUAACAUAUGCAGCUCCGUCCCUUUUUUUCCUUCAAGUUUGAUGAUGGGUUGAAAAUCUGGACUUUGGGCAACUAAAUUUUAAUACCACGCAGGGAACUAGUUUAUUUUGCGCAGUUUAAAACCUCGGAUGUCACAACCAUCGUAUACGAAGUAGAACCUGAACCAGAUCUCAAGCCCGUCAUCUAGCAAAUGGAGUUCAAACAAGGGCUCGGAACCCCUCAAACUCUGUAAGAUCCACAUUACACACACACACACCAAACUCCCUAAAGCAAUAACACCACUCGCUCGUGUAUAAGCUAAGACCUCUCGCUAGACUAGCGACGGUCACCUCUAACAUGGCUGUAGCGUUUUUUUGUUGUUGUUUUUUUUUAUCCCCCCAGAGAUUUGGAGGUCAACCAGAAGUGUGUUCCACCAAAGUAUUUAGAUGAUGGUUUUCUGUAAAAGUGUGUGAGUUUUGCCUUUUAUCUGAACAUUUAAAAAAUGGAAAUCAACCAAGGUUUCCCACCAAUUUUAGAGAAGCCCACCAGUGGCCCCACAUGUUUUAAAAAAAUAAAAGUGUUAAUAGUUUUAGCAAACAAAAUUACAAUUAAAAUAAAUUAUAUGGACAGGAAUUGUCAGUGCAAUUGCUGAGAGCUGGGACAUUUUUGUUUACAUAUCGACCAUUGCGCUUUCAACCCUAUCACCAUACGCGAUAAAAAAAUAUAUAAUAUUUUUUAUACUUUCUUUUGUAACAGUGUUUGCUAGCAUGAAGUGGCAAGAAAAGCCUGGCCGUCCGCCAGGCUUCAAAGCAAUGAGGGAUUCCUGCAAAGUAUUUUAAAUACUAAAAAUGAAAGGAAUUUUGUGUAAGGUUUCGAUUAUGCUUAAAAAAAAAAAAAAGUCAACCACAGCCUGAGUGUUUUGUGCUGAGUCACAUUACUUAACAAGUGCACUGCCAUUGACGGUCAUAGACGUGAAAUCUGAAGGGAAAAGGUAUUAUUGCUAACAUGCUAAUCAAUAAUUGUAGACAUGCCUGAUUCUAUUUUUAUAGUACAAAAUAAAUAUAUUAAAACCAUAGUGUAACCAACAAUAAAAUACAUCUAAAAUAUGAGUGCAUGAGAAAAAAUGUUUUUGUAGGCCCUUUAUGCAGGAAAUGAAUGACCAAGUGAUGAGAACAGAUCAGUACGCUCAUAGUUGACGAUCCACGUCACACCCUCGCCAAAUGAUAACGAACAAAUAGAAAGUUCCAAGUGAAGGUCGACCGAUAUGGGAUAAAAAUGCUGAUACCGAGAUCUUAAAAAAAAUUCAGCCAUUUGCCGAUAUCCAAAGCCGAUUUUGUAAGUCGUAGAUAUUUGAGGCUGAUUUCCUUUUUUUUUUUCUUUUUAAAGUAGGUAGAGGUAUUUUUUUAGUAAAUUCCUAGUAAACAGCUUCAAAUUUACAAUGAUGACGUGAGACUUAAAGGAUUCAUUCAGUUUAGUGCUACCAAACCAACAAACGGAGGACUUUUUUUAUGAUUAGGAUGUCAUGGCAAGAUGUAAGCAAGUGAGAGUUUAAGAAGAUGCUUGCCAUGCUAAGCUAAUGCUAACAUGAAUGCUAUGCUAACGCUACAAGUUACAUUUAGAGUGAAGGAUCACACCUUAAAAGGCUCAAGAAACAUAGCAUUUUCUCUCAUGCAAGAUAAAAAAAAAAAUCUUACCAUAUUUAAAAAACAGGCAAGCCUGAAGCUUCCUGUAGCUACCGGCCUUCAAGCUGUUGCGGGGUCCUACCGUCUGUCAGCGGUGGCCACAGUUGCCCACACAGAUGCCUGAUCAAAAUCCUUUUUUUUUUUUUUUUUUUUUUUUUUUAAUCGUUUUAUUUUUUUUGUUAAUAAAUCGGCCGAUGUUUGAAAAAGGUCCAUAUGUCGGCCCAUUCUAUCGCUCGACCUCUAGUUUUAAGAUCAAGACAUGCGCCGAGUCAGUCCACUGAAGGUAGAAGAUAAUCAGCGUCGCCCAGAAAACAGUGGUAAUGAACUCAAUCUGCACAAUCCAAGACUGGCGACACCCUCGGGCACCGCCCUGACAGUCACUCCGAUAGGUCUCCCCGCCUUCCAAACCUCUAAAAAGACAUUUCCGUCAUUACUACUCAGGAUGCCGAGAGGCGUACUGCUAGAAUGGCACCCUGGGCUCAGUGUUUUCCCUCUGUUUGCCUGAGUUUUCAUUGUUGUUACACUAUGGUUUAAAUAUCUUUAUUUUGUUUUGUACUAAGACAAUUGAAGCAGGCAUGUCUACGAUUAUUGAUUAGCAUGUAAGUGAAAAUACCAUUUCCCUUUAACUCCAAUCCACUUAAACUAGGACUUCCAGUUCAAAUAGACUUGGCGUCUUUCCUCGUCAAUAGCAGCUAAUGAAUUAAAAAUGUGAUAUACAUUUUUAAAUGAGAAGUUUCGAAAGGUAACGUCAAAGAAAUUUGCUAAUAUCACCAUUUUCUUAAACAGUAUUAACACUAAAAUACGUGAAUAAGUGGGAAUUGUUGUUUUUCGGACUGAACUGCCAAAAGCCAUCAUGCCCGCUUUAGUAUGAAUACCAUCAGUUUAACAUUACACUCCAAUUAACACCAACACACUUCUGGUUUCUCCGCUACUACUAACAGGGUUCCUCUAUAAAGUUUGUGUGUCGGUGUAUCCAAAGGUUUGACCUUGCAUAACCUCAAAAACCUAAACUUUUUUUUCUCUAAACUGUGUGCGUGACAAAGAAAAGUUAUUUUGUUAGGAAUGUGGUUCCGUGUUUAAAAAAAAAAAAAAAGAUAUAUAUAAAUAUGCUAUUUUUCUAUCUGAUUUAGUUGUUUAACUCAGUGAAAGUUAAGCGUAUGUUCUGGGAUGUGUUAGAUUUAGAAGAACCCGUGAGUGUGAAAAUGUUGCCAACGCUGUGUCAUUCACUCACUAACACGCAAACAAUACAUGUUGACACAGUGCUCCUGGAUAUUGAAUGUAGCCGACCAUACAGGCUAUGUGUUUAUUAGCCUCUCCCUGGUGCUCAUAUUGAAUGGUCUAUAUUGUGAUACUAUUUUUGUAAGUGAAUAUGACAGCGUACCCCCUCCACCCAGCUUGAAUAUGAUAACCUCACGUAUGAAAGAGUGGAUACACUCACGUUUGUGUAUCCCGCUUGCAUGUACACACGUAUGCACAGUAUGUACGCUGCACUCAAAAUGCGCCCCCGCCACUGCCCGCCUUUUGAAUUUGAGUGUUCGAAGGCUGCGUUCAGACUGCAGGCAUACCUGAUUCCAAUCAGAUUCCUCCUCGAAUCUGAUUUUUUAGAGCUGACUGUUCACACACUGUUUUUUUUUUAGCAAGCGUCCAAAUCAGAUCUGGGCCUGUUCAGACUGGGCCACAUUGUUGACACACCUGACAGGGUGCUGUGGCAACAAAGGCGUCAUCCAGCAUAGAGUGACGUCACAAACAGUCAAAUCCCAUCCGAGCUGUUUAUCUUGUCCAUACACUGCUGGCCAAAAGAAUUGGCAACCCUGCAAUUCUGUCAGAUAAUGGUCAAUUUCUCCCAGAAAAUGAUUGCAAUUACAAAUGCUUUGGUAGUAAUAUGUUCAUUUUUUCGCUUGCAAUGAAAAAACACAAAAGAGAAUGGAAAUAAAAAUUGAAUUAUUAUCAUUUAACACAAAACUCCAAAAAUGGGCCGGACAAAAGUAUUGGCACCCUUUGAAAAAUCGUUGUGAUGCUUCUCUAAUUUGUGUAAUUAACAGCACCUGUUACUUACCUGUGGCACAUAACAGGCGGUGGCAAUAACUAAAUCACACUUGCAGCCAGUAAAAAUGGAUUAAAGUUGACUCAACCUCUGACCAAUGUCCUUGUGUGUACCACAUUGAGCAUGGAGGAAAGAAAGAAGACCAAAGAACUGUCUGAGGACUUGAGAAGUGAAAUUGUGAGGAAGCAUGAGCAAUUUUUAGGCUACAAGUCCAUCUCCAAAGAACUGAAUGUUCCUGUGUCUACCGUGCGUUGUGUCAUCAGUAAGUGUAAAGCCCAUGGCACUGUGGUUAACCUCCCUAGAUGUGUACGGGGGAAAAAAACUGACGAGACAUUUCAACAAAAGAUUGUGUGAAUGGUGGAUAAACAACCUUGACUAACAUCCAAACAACUUCAAGCUGUCCUGCAGUCCGAGGGUACAACGGUGUCAACCUGUACUAUCCGUCGGCGUCUGAAUGAAAAGGGACUCUAUGGUAGGAUACCCAGGAAGACCCCACUUCUGACCCAGAAUCAGGCUGGAGUUUGCCAAAACUUCCCUGAGAAAGCCAAAAACUUUUUGUAAGAAUGUUCUUUGGUCAAAUGAGACAAAAAUACAGCUUUUUGGGAAAAGGCAUCAACAUAGAGUUUACGGGGGGAAAAAUGCGGUACCCACAGUCAAACAUGGCGGAGGUUCCCUGAUGUUUUUAGGUUGCCUUGCUACCUCUGGCAUUGGACUGCUUGACCGUGUGCAUGGAAUUAUGAAGUCUGAAGACUACCAAUAAAUUUUGCAGCAUAAUAUAGGGCCCAGUGUGAGAAAGCUGGGUCUCCGUCAGAGGUCAUGGGUGUUCAAGCAGGACAAUGACCCAAAACGCACUUCAGAAAGCACUAGAAAAUAGUGAGAGAGAAAGCACUGGAGACUUCUAAAGUUGCCAGCAGUGAGUCCAGACCUGAAUCCCAUAGAACACAUGUGGAAAGAUCUGAAAAUGGCAGUUUGGAGAAGGCACCCUUCAAAUCUGAGACCCGGAGCAGUUGGCCAAAGAAGAAUGGUGUAAAAUUCCAGCAGAGCAUUGUAAGAAACUCAUUGAUGAAUACCGGAAGUGGUUGUUCGCAGUUAUUUUAUCUAAAGGUUGUGCUAUCAAAUAUUAGGCUGAGGGUGCCAAUACUUUUGUCCGGCCCAUUUUUGGACUUUUGUGUAAAAUGAUAAUGAUUUAGUUUUUUUUUUUUUUUUUUUCCCAUUCUCUUGUGUGUUUUUUCAUUGUAUAAAUGAAGAUAUUACUACCAAAGCAUUUGUAAUUGCAAUCAUUUUCUGGGAGAAAUUGAGCAUUACCUGACAGAAUUGCAGGUGUGCCAAUACUUUUGGCCAGCAGUGUAUUUGAUAUGAAACUACCUUCCAUAUGUGGUUUCAAUCCAUCUCGUGAAAAUCAGAUUUCUGUGCUUUGGGACUAUUCCGGCUACAAAAGAGCCAUCCAGUUUCAAACUGGAUGGGCUAAAAAUCAGAUUUUGGCUGCCAGUCUGAACAAGGCCUAAGAUGUCUUCCGAGUCUUCGGCUGUUAGAUGUGCAAAAAUAGAUGGAAAAGAAAAAAUCCUCAUACUUGACCGAUAUUUGGAGGCGAGAGUCACACUUUGUACUGUAAUUCUCAUAUUUGCCGCCAACUCUACUGCAGCAUAAGAGAAAUUCCGCCCACGUGAAGUUUAUUUUAGAGUCAUUCAUCCUUUUUAUUUAUUUUUGGCUUGUAGUUCAUAAAGGCAAACGGCACUUUUGCUGGCAUGUUAACCAUGAAACUAAAUCUUGAGUUAUAAUUUCAUGUAACAUUUGAAAAAUGCUUAACCUGACGAAAACAGCGGUAUCUUGAUUCGGUGGAUAAAUUUUCCAUUAAAAUGUAAUGUCGUGUGAUUUCGUCCAUCAAGGUACCACACAAGUUCCGCAAUUUGACCGUAGCUGAUCAUUUUUCGGUGGUUAUCGUCACGUGCUCGAUCGUUUUCGGUGGUUAUCGUCGCUCAGGAUUUAGCGCGGCACACAGUGAUUUCACUUAACGCAACACUUAAACAGAAAGCAUUUAUCCGCUAAUAUAGAAAUGUAUACAAGGUCACGUGUGAUCAGUUACUUACGGGUUUUAAUAACAAAAGAAUGAAACCGUGCGAACCUGCCAAAAGUUAAUUAAUAUAACAUUCAAUACAGUGUUGGCAUGUGGAUGGAAGAACUGUUGCAGCACCUAUUUUACUUUUACAAUCCUUUGUUCAUUUUUACUUGUGUCUAUCUACGAUUUCAAACUCUUUAGUUUUAACGUGUAGCCGCCUCUAGAUGCAGAAACAGUAUUUAUUUACUUUUAAUAUUUUUAGCACUUCUCUAACGAUGUCCUGUAUCAGUUGACCAUGCUUUCAACGUACAACGAGACCGUGAAACCACUUCUACCGUUUUAUUAUGCAUUUUUGAAGAAAUCCAAACCAUGUACAGCUUUUUUUCUCUCCAUUAUUUUUACUAUUGUAUUCCUCUGUAACCGAAUGGUGCACAGACAAUCGCUAUACACAUGUCAAUAAACCUGUUAAAAGUGCCACUUUUUUUUUUUUUUUUU